CUCUAUAAGAGCCCGGUUUCUGUUUCCUUCCAUACUCACGCCGCUCUUCUCUUCCCAACAUAAAACAGAACAACUCAAUUUCCCUCCCCCACUUGGAUUUUCUUUUCAUAUUUUCCUUCUUCCCAAACAUGUCUCUGCUCUCAGAUCUUCGUAACUUGAACCUCUCCGACACAACGGAGAAGAUGAUUGCAGAGUACAUAUGGAUUGGUGGAUCCGGUAUGGACAUUAGAAGCAAAGCCAGGACUCUUCCUGGUCCAGUGACUGAUCCUUCAAAGCUACCAAAAUGGAACUACGACGGUUCCAGCACAGGCCAAGCUCCUGGAGAAGACAGUGAAGUCAUCUUAUACCCCCAAGCCAUAUUCAAGGAUCCUUUCAGGAGAGGCAACAAUAUUCUGGUAAUGUGUGAUGCUUAUACCCCAGCAGGAGAUCCAAUCCCAACAAACAAGAGGCACAAUGCUGCCAAAAUUUUUAGCCACCCUGAUGUUUUGGCUGAAGAGCCCUGGUACGGCAUAGAACAGGAGUACACUUUGUUGCAAAAGGAAGUAAACUGGCCCAUUGGAUGGCCACUUGGUGGCUACCCUGGACCUCAGGGUCCAUAUUAUUGUGGGGUUGGUGCUGAUAAGGCCUUUGGUCGUGACAUUGUGGAUUCCCAUUACAAAGCAUGUCUUUAUGCUGGUAUUAACAUAAGCGGCAUCAAUGGAGAAGUGAUGCCUGGCCAGUGGGAAUUCCAAGUUGGACCUGCCGUGGGCAUUUCUGCCGGUGAUGAGUUGUGGGUGGCUCGUUACAUUCUUGAGAGGAUUACAGAGAUAGCUGGUGUAGUCCUUUCUUUUGACCCUAAACCGAUUCAGGGUGACUGGAAUGGAGCUGGUGCUCACACAAAUUACAGCACGGAGUCCAUGAGGAAUGAUGGUGGAUAUGAAGUCAUAAAAAAAGCCAUCGAAAAGCUCAAGUUAAGGCACAAGGAACACAUCUCCGCCUAUGGCGAUGGCAACGAGCGCCGGUUGACUGGAAAACAUGAAACUGCUGACAUCAACACUUUCUCAUGGGGAGUGGCGAACCGUGGAGCUUCAGUUAGAGUAGGGAGAGACACGCAGAAGAAUGGGAAAGGUUAUUUUGAGGACAGGAGGCCUGCAUCAAACAUGGAUCCAUAUGUUGUUACCUCCAUGAUUGCAGAGACAACCAUCUUAUGGAAACCAUGAAAAACAGAGAUAACCAUCUCGUUUAGAUUAUUAAUAAGGAUGAUGCCAUUUUUAUAUAGGGGAAGAAGCGUCCAUGAGUUUGUUGCGUUACUCUUCUUCCCCUCUUAAAUUAUUGUAAUGUCUUAGUUCAAUUAUUUGCCCCUUUUACCCUAUCCUAUUACGAUAGUAAUAACAUUUUUUAGCCGAGAAAGCAAUAAUCAAA